ACAGGCGCUUGUGGCGGCUUCUCCUCAUAAAAAGGGACCAGUGUGUCAUCCUCCCUCAUCAGAGGUGAGGCCUCCCUGUGGAUAACUCACACCACAGACCACCUUCAGAAGUUGCCAGAUCCAGUUUCAGCCACAUGUAGAGGUAUUCAUGCUGGAUCUUGAUAUUAUAUCGUGGCAGGCCCCAGAGCUGGGUGGUCAUGUGUGCGUGUUUAGUAUCUCCAUCUCUCUUUCUCUCUCUCCUCACAGUCCAUCUUUAUCACCUCCCGUGUUUGCAUUCAGCCCCAGCCGUACACCGCCUUUGGCGACCCCGCUGUGCGCACGGAUCCGCCCUGAGAGCUCCCUGGGCCGGGUCGUCUUUUAAACCUGAGCCGCGGUGUCCACAUCCCUGCGGGAGGCAGACCCAUUUAAGCGCAUACCUCAACGCGGGGCCGCUGACGGGAAAAUAAACACCUCGGUGUGCUUACGAGCAGUGACCUCCUGCUGCGACAACCUCCUGUGUUUCAGUAGGUCUGAUAUUUUUCACCGCCACCACUGCUCCCAUCUCAGGCGCUGUCUAGACCUGUACAGGGAGAGCUGAGGCCUGCAACAGACAGCAGGCAUGUGCAGGAAUUUAUGUCAUCUUCUCAUUGUUUUUCAUUUAUUUGCAAAAGGAUAUAAAUACAAGCAAAUCCAUGUUGAAGUACAGCAACUUUUAAAAAAGGACUUGGGAAUUAGUUUAUUCUACUGGCUUUAAAAAUAGAUACAAAUUGCUUUGUUAAAUUUACAAUAAAUCCAAACAUUAUGCAUCAGAGGUAGAAAUACUUUGGGGUGGGGAAGGGAGAAAGAAUUCAUUCCUAAGAGAGGGACCGUUCCUCCUGUCCAAAUCUACACCUAUAAUUCAGUAACACCGCGCCCCUUGUACACCCCCUUUCGCAAUCUUAAGGAGUCUUAAACACCAUUUCUGAUAUUAUAGCUAGAGCUCUCCUUCCCCUGCAGUAUUAUGUUACACCCCUCCUCACCCAAUCACAGCGCUCCCCAAAAUCCUCCUGCCCGCUCCCCGCUAUAAGAGCCCCGCUCGUCCCAGUCUGGCAUACACCUCUCCCUCUCCGUUGCGCACGAGAUUUACUGUAAUACCAGCCCACCCCCUUACUGCAGGCCACGCUUCUUAUUACCUGUCGUGUUUGUUGAUGUUGUAGCCAGUUCAGUGGAUUAGGGUCAGGGGUUAUUACGCUCCUACAGACCACAGAAAAGGUUUUGGAAAAGACGAUGCGGGAAGAGGACUCCUCCCCAAUGGACAGCGCGGGGAACAGCGAGGAGGAGACAGACCGUCAGCUGCCGCGGAGAGGUGCGAGAAAGCGGCGGGCGACAAGGAGGCGCAUGGAUGAGGAGGAGGAGGAAGGUGACAUGGAGAGUCCGAGCCCCGGGAAGAAGAAAUGCAGAAAGAGCUGCGACGGAGGAGGCGGCAGCGCAGGAAGCUGCGACAGCGAAGCAAGCAGCAGCCCCGCGCGCUCCUUCGAUGACCUGCAGACACAGCGCGUGAUGGCCAACAUCAGAGAGCGGCAACGGACGCAGUCCCUCAAUGAGGCAUUCACGUCGUUACGUAAGAUCAUUCCCACCCUCCCGUCGGACAAACUGAGCAAGAUCCAGACGCUGAAGCUGGCGGCCCGGUACAUCGACUUUCUGUGCCAAGUUCUGCAGAGCGACGAGCUCGACGCGCGAGGGACCAGCUGCAGCUACGUGGCGCACGAGCGCCUCAGCUACGCGUUCUCGGUCUGGAGGAUGGGGGGCUCGUGGUCACUGUCUACUACAUCCCACUAGCAGGGCUGCUGUGGAUGGUACAGCGCGAUUAUCCAAACUGAAGAACCAGUGGAUCAGGCCGACCUGUCACAGAGACUGAAACAGGCCAAACACAGCUGAGGGUCCAGCCGCAGUGCUUCAGGCCUCAGAGGAGAGUGGGCUUUUUAUUUUUCCCGUUGCAAGGACUGUGAUGUUUGCAAGGGAGCACUUAGGACAGACAUGACGGAUGUGAAGACAGAAAGACCACUGCGACUAUGAAUGUUGUAAAAACAAAAUGAGCUCUGAGGAACUGCUCUGUUUUGAAACACCAGAGAGAGAAAUGACAAUUCAUUCCACAUUCCCUGUGACAAUGUUUCACAGCAAAUGAAGUAUUUUGUAUUUAUUUUUUCUACACAGGCUCAAAAUUCCUUUUCCCCCCACUCAAAUAAAAGUUAUUUAUUUUUGGGAUAUCACAGAAUGCUGAAUGGAUUUGGAGUCUGCGCAUUUUGAGUGUUGUAAAUAUUUGGUAAUAUCUUGAAUAAAGAACAUGAAAGUAUCAUUCUUA